AUGGUUAGGAGUGUCCGCGAUCAUAAUGGUGACUUCGUGUACUUUGGUGUUGGCAGGUUUAAGGACAAAAAUGCGUCCGUGAGUCAGCAUACGGACAACGACUUCCAGGAAGCUAUCAUGGAAUAUCAGAGCCUCAAUUAUCUGAAAAGCACGGGAGUGCUUGACGCAGCCACAACCGAAAUGAUGAGGCGUCCUCGUUGCGGGUUGAAAGAUAAGCAUAAUACAGUUCAAAACAAGUCCGUGGAAAGCUUCGUCCUGCACAAAAGCCGAUGGGAAAAGAAGCAUUUGACGUACGGUAUAACAAAGUACUCGAAGUGGCUGCACUGGAGUGUGGUUGACAGAGAAAUUGCAAAGGCGUUUAGUUUGUGGAGUGAGCACAUCGAUCUGACCUUCACACAACAUAGAAACGAGCCUGUGGACAUUGACAUCCGCUUCGAAAAGUACAUACAUCACGACGAAAACCCGUUCGAUGGUCCAGGACAGGUAUUAGCCCACGCUUUCAUACCAAAGCACGGAGGUGACAUUCAUUUUGACGACACGGAACACUGGACCGUCAAUUCAACGAAUGGAACUAAUCUGCUCCAGGUGGCUACUCACGAGGUUGGCCAUUCACUAGGACUCUUGGACACGCGUGACCAAUCUGACGCAAUGUAUUUUGCCUAUCUCGGGUAUGAUCCAAACUUCCAGCUAAGUCGUGACGAUAUUUUUGGUAUACAAAGGCUGUACGGCAAGAAAAACAGGUAUAGAAGCUGGCAUGAUGGCGAGAAUAACAUCGGUAUGGCUUCGAAUACAAUCACGAGCCGACCUUCAGUAGCGCAGGAAUCGGAGCUGUGCACAUCUAAGAACAUUGAUGCUAUCUUCCAAACGGAUGAUGAUAGCACCAUCGUCUUCCUGAGGAACAAGUACUACAAGCUCCUCCAGAACGAGGUAGCCCCAGGAUACCCGAAGGACAUUUCCGAUGGCUGGCCGGGACUUCCAGGAAACAUCGAUGCUGCAUUCACGUAUGAAAAUGGCAAGACAUACUUCUUCCAAGGCAACAAGUACUGGCGAUAUCGAGGUCGUCAGAUCGAUGGUGACUACCCGCGGGAGAUAAGCGACGGCUUUCCAGGGAUACCGAACAAUCUCAAUGCAGCCAUGCUGUGGUGGAACUCCAACAGUACUGUUUACUUCUUCAAGGACCGCAAAUUUUGGUUAUAUGACCCGAACACAACUCCUCCGGUCAAGCCGUCUUACCCCAAGCCUAUUUCAAACAUAGAAGGCUUACCUGAUCAAAUCGAUGCAGCGCUACAUCAUCCGAACGGUAAUAUGUACUUCUUCAGAGGUGACAAAUACUAUCGCGUCGAUGGAAAAUCAUCCACGGUCGAUCAUUCCGGACAGCCAUACCCGCGACGAACUGCAUCUUGGUGGUUUGGUUGCAAAAACUUGACUAGAGAUUCAACUCACCUAACCAACUAUGAACACUUUUAA